UACUACUGUGACGUCUUUCAGAGAGCUUUGUGAUUGCUCAGCCCUAAGUGUAAGCCCUAUAAAAUGAUGGGCUUUGAAAUGCUGGUCAGAGUGGAGUGAAAGGCAGUUGCCUGCAAUAAUAGCCAACCAGUACCAAGUUCUGGUUCAGCUCUGAGAGCAGAGAACUGGUGGAAACUUUCUCGGCCUCAGAGGACUUCAGCACCUAAGACAGCUCCAAGAAUCUCCUUCUAUUAUAGAAAGCUCCCAAGGAACACUACUUGGCAAGGUACAAAGAUGGAAACCAGAAGUAAGUCCCAGCCCCUUGUGCUGCUAAUGCUGGUCAGCAUGCUCUUCUCACAAAUGUUGGCGUGGCCUCUUUUUGGAGCACCCUCUUCUCUGAGGUUAGAUGACAGAAUACCACUUGAAGGAGCAAAUGAACCUGAACAGGUUUCUUUAAAAGUAGACACUGACAUCUUGCAAAAUGCAUUAGCUGAAAAUGACACACCCUAUUACGAUGUGUCCAGGAAUGCCAGACAUGCUGAUGGAGUGUUCACCAGUGACUUUAGCAGACUCUUGGGUCAACUUUCUGCCAAAAAAUACCUUGAAUCCCUUAUUGGAAAACGGGUUGGCAAUAGCAUCACAGAAGACCAGGGGCCAAUCAAGCGCCACUCUGAUGCAGUCUUCACCGACAACUAUACCCGCCUUCGAAAACAAAUGGCUGUAAAGAAGUACUUGAACUCCAUUCUCAAUGGGAAGAGGAGCGAGGGAGAAUCACCUGACUUUCCCGAAGAGCUAGAAAAAUAAUGAAAAGCCCUUGGAAGAAAGCUGUUGACAGCUUCCCAGUGAACUCGUGAAGGAAAACGAUAGGCGAAGUGAUUAUAUUUUGAGUUCUACAUAAGUAAUUCAAGAACACAACUUCAGUAUCAAAACCAAAUAAAAUAUAUAGUGUCGUGAAUGUUGUGAUUUGCUUCAUCCUGAUGUAAUAACUGUGAUGUUUACACUGUAAAUAUUAUUUGAGAGUUCUAAAAUUUGUCUUUAAUUCAUGAAAAUCCUGUAAUUUCAUAUGCUGUGUAUCCUUUCUAACAAAAAUAUAUUUAGUGAUAAGUAAAUACUAGGUUAAUUCCAAUUAUGUGGAGCUUUGGGGGAGUGUAGUAAUAGAACACAAAUGAUGUGUUUAUUUAUAGAGCAUACUUAACUAUUCAGAAGCGUGGAGCACAUAAUCAGUGUGUCUAAAUUUGAAUGUUAAGCAGCUAGAAUGCUGAGUUAAAUAAACUGCAAAAUGUCUAAGAGAAAGCCAACCACAAAGAUAAAAAGGCAUUCUUCAAAACAGACUUUCAGAAAAUGGUAUACGUUUUCGCAUUUUUAGGCAACGUUUAUUUUGAAUGAGAUUUAAAAUCUCUCAAAUUCAGAUCUCUAAUUGCUGAAGGCUCUUUUCUGCAGUGGUGUUUCAGUGAAAGAGAAUGGUCUCUAUUUCUGACAUUGGACCUUUCCUUCCUGCUUGUGUUAAGUAUGUGUAAAAUGUAAACUGAAUGGAACAUUUGUUUUUUCGGUAAUAAAUUUUUUCCCCAUAAUUACUCAAAUAAUGCUUUGGUCAUCAGCUUCCUUCAGUGAAAGUACAUUUGGAGACACAGCUAUUUUUCCAAAAUAUAGGAAAUUAAUAGAGAAAAUAAAGAACUUUGAUUAUCAUUGCA